UGCAACGUGUAAAUUAGCUCGAAUUUUUCCGCGAGAACCCACACCUGACUGUCUUUGUACUACUGGCUCAGAGCAAGCGAACAUCUUAUCGCUACAAACAUUUUAGGAAACCGCAUUUAUCACAUUUCCAAAAUGCCUCUGAAAUUCGAGCUUUGUCCUGGCAGGAUGAUUGGGGGUUCUAACCCCUGUUUCAUUAUUGCAGAAAUUGGACAGAACCACCAGGGAGAUAUCGAAAUUGCCAAGAAAAUGAUCAAGAUGGCUAAGGACUGUGGGGCAGACUGCGCCAAGUUUCAGAAGAGUGAACUUGAGCACAAGUUCAACAAGCGUGCCCUGGAGCGUCCGUACACCUCCAAACAAUCCUGGGGAAAGACGUAUGGAGAGCACAAGCGCCACCUUGAGUUCAGUCAUAUACAAUACGUAGAGCUUCAGAAUUAUGCAAAGGAGGUUGGAAUUUUCUUUACUGCUUCAGGAAUGGAUGAGAUGGCUGUGGAGUUCCUACAUGAGCUUGAUGUGCCCUUCUUCAAAGUUGGUUCAGGGGACACCAACAACUUUCCCUAUCUGGAAAAGACUGCAAAAAAAGGUCGCCCCAUGGUGAUAUCCAGUGGGAUGCAGUCGAUGGAGACAAUGAGACGGGUCUACCAGACAGUCAAGAAACACAAUCAGAACUUCUGCAUCCUGCAGUGCACCAGUGCCUACCCAUUGGAGGCUGAAGAUGUCAACCUGCGUGUCAUCGCAGAAUACCAGAAGGAAUUCCCUGAUAUUCCCAUCGGAUAUUCCGGGCACGAGUCUGGGGUCCACAUCUCCGUGGCAGCAGUGGCGCUGGGGGCAAAGGUCAUUGAGCGUCACGUGACCCUGGACAAGAGCUGGAAGGGAAGUGACCACGAAGCUUCUCUGGAGCCCUCUGAGCUGACAGAGCUGGUGAAAGCCAUCCGUUUGGUGGAGAGGUCUCUGGGGACGAGCAUCAAGCAGAUGCUGCCCUGUGAGAAGCCAUGCCACGAUAAGCUGGGGAAAUCAGUGGUGGCCAAGGUGGCGAUCCCCAAAGGCACGGUGCUGAGUAUGGACAUGCUGGGGGUGAAGGUGGGAGAGCCGAAGGGUGUUCCCCCCGAGAACAUCUUCCAGCUGGUGGGCAAGUCCGUCACAGAGGACGUGGAGGAGGACGAGAGUAUCACCCCAGACGUGGUCGAAAGCUACGGCAAGAAGAUCAAGUGCUGAGAGGUUGGGGUUGAAGAGGGGCCUUCAGAUGGAGAUGGGGCACGUGAUAAUCUUGUCUUCCAGCAUGAUGCUGGUUACCAGGAAGAAGAUUUACAGUAAAAACAUGAGGCCUCCCAGCAACUUGCUCAUCUUGCAGGUGAUGGAGAUGAUGACGAAGAGCAACAUGAUGAAGAGGAGCACGAUGGCGCAGAACAGGCUGUUGCUGCUCACCUGCGCUGCCUUGAAGUCAUUGACUAGGCCGUAGAUGAGCCAAGGGAACGGCUGGCUGGAAGGGAAGACGGAGAAACAGAGGAAUCACAUGCACUGUCUAGAGGCGUGAUUAAAAUUGAAUGUCAUUUUUUGUCAACGAAUUACAUAAAAUAAUCAGUAAUGUCAAAGUGGACAUUUUUUUGUAAAAUAGUGUUUUUAUAUAUAUAUAUGAAAACACUAUCUUGAUUGCAUAAGUAUUCAGCCCCCUGAGUCAAUAAUACAUGUUCAAGUUACAUUUGGCAGUGAUUACAGCUGUGAAUCUUUCUAAGUAAGUCUCUUAAGAGCUUUGCAGAUCUGAAUUGUACAAUAUUUGUACUUUAAUGUUUUUUUUAAAUUUUCAUGCUCAACUUGAUUGUUGAUCAUUGCUAGAUAGCCAUUUUCAUGUCUUGCCAUAGAUUUUCUAGAUAAUUUAAGUUAGCUUUAACUAGGCUACUCAGGAACAUUCAAUGUCAUCUUGGUAAUCAACUCCAGUGUAUAUUUGGCCUUGUGUUUUAGGUUAUUCUUCUGCUGAAAGUUGAAUUUGUCUCCCAGAAAGUAGAGAACCAGGUUUUCCUCUAGGAUUUUGCCUGUGCUUAGCUAUAUUCUGUUUUCAUUUUAUCCCCCCAAAAACUCCCUAGUCCAUGCCGAUGACGAGCAUACCCAUAACAUGAUGCAGUCACCAUCAUGCUUGGAAAUAUGAAGAGCGGUACUCAGUGUUUUGGAUUUGGCUGAACAUAACGCUUUGUAUUCAGCACAUAAUGUUAAUUGCCCACCCAAAACACUCUAGCUUUUCGUUUGUAAUGAAUUUGUAAAUAUUUCUUAAAAUAUAAUUACAUUUUGACAUUAUGGUGUAUUGUUUGUAGGCCACUGACCUAAAAUCUCAAUAUAAUCUGGGUACCAGUCUCUGGUUUACCACUCACUGUAAUCCAUGCAGGGCCGGCUCUAGCCUUUUGGGGGUCCUAAAUUAGAUUUUGUUGGUGGCCCCCCACCUCGUGGCAAAACAUUUUAGUAGUCCCCCCUCUUGACGGGUGAGAGAGAAUGUACAUUUCCUGCAAUUCUAUACAUUUUGCAAUGGGGUGGAGAGAAAAUGGUGCAGCUUUAUAAAAAUGUAUGCAUAUGAUGCCAUGCCACAUGACAA